AUGCCGUUCGUGCAGCGUGUCGUAACCCCCAAGUACGUCGCCCGGUCGUCGCCGACGGUGGCGCAACUGGCGACGCCAUCGCCGGCCAUCCCGGUCGCGGACAACGAGUUCGAGGCGCUGACCAACAUCACGCUCAGCAACGCGCUCCGGCAGCUCGCCUCACUCGUCUUCAUCUCGAACCAGAUCUUCACCGAGCUCCACCAGGAGCUGUCGAGCGUUAACGAGCGAUCGCUCGGCAUCAAGCAGCGCAUCGAUCGGCUGUCGCAGAAGGUGGACCAGUCCGAUCCGAAGCAAGUCCCAGUCCCGGAGAGUGACCUCGAUGCGUUCGUUCAGAUCAAGAGCCACUACAGGAAAACGUACCAUGUGGAAACCUCGCUGUUCACGGUGGCAACCCGCUCGGAGACGCUACGGGAGAUGUACGAGGCGGCCGCCAAGACGCCGGUCACGACCAUCGCCGAGAUGGACCGCAUCGUGGGCAACGUGGCCGGAAGUAGCUCGGAGGCGUUCAUCUGCACGCCGGUGCUAAGCCGCCAGCGGCGGGCCGCCCGAGCCCACAACGUCGACAUGGACAUCGAAGUCAGUCUGCCUACGGCCGUGCAGGAUCUACGCAAGUGGACCUCGGCGGAGGCGAUCGGCGACGUGACGACGGGUGUGGCUUGUUCGGUGAAAAUCACGUCCAACAGCGCUAGCAAGUCCGUCCAACCGAACAUAACCGACCGAAGCGUUCCGGCGGCGCUCACAGUCGUCGCGGAGUCGGAUUACACCGACGCUGGAGCGGCCACCACCAGCGGCUCAGCCAACGAGACGAACCUCGAUGCGAUCACGUCGCUGUCCGAAACGGUCGUUCGUGACUCCAGCGGCGGCAGCAGUAGCGGCGGCGGCGCUGACGAUCGCGUCGAUCAUCUCCUUCCAUCGCCGGCCGAACAGUGCCGAGUGCUGGCAUCGAAGUUCCCAGCGGAGACGAUACAAAUCGACACUUCCGGCCGGGCGUUCGAUCGCAUGUCCUCGACCCGCAAGUCGCUGGUGUGCUACAUGAGCGGGCGAGCGAAAAAGUCCCACCAAGACCAGGACGGCAAACCGGAAGAGGACAACACGGUGCGGAGGCGAUCCCGGUUACGGCGGCCGCGAGGCAAAAGACGCAACACGAUCGCCGGGACGGAUCAGCGCGAGAUAGCCGAGGUCAUCGGCCAAGGGGAACCGGAAGCGACGGCGGCGACGGCAGCGAGCACGCAGCAGCAGCAGCAGCAACCGGCGUGUGACUUUAGUGAGCUGCUGCCGGCGAUCCGCAGCAAGUCGGGCGAUCUGCUGCGCAAGGAGCCCUCGUUCUCGGCCGAGUGGACGAAGAGCUUCAACAAGAUGUCGCACUUCAACUCGCUCAAACAGUGGGGCAUCAACCGGCUGCGGAUGAUGAACCGAGAGGCGCGCGAUCAGAAGGAUCAUGAUAUUGACGACUUCAAUAUCCACGAUACCACGCUGGCGCGGCACCAGAGCGCGGGCCGGCGGAAGGGCUCCGACCGGGAGAAGCGGCUUUCGCACGACCGAAAGCCGUCUUACUCGUCGUCGGAGCGCAGCUCCAGCGGUGGCGUGAUCAAUUCGUCGUACCUGCCGGCCUCGAUCAAUCCGGUGAAGCUCCGGGAAACGUCUACCGUGCGGCGGCAGCGCAGAACCGCGCUCGGGAACCGGGACGAGCCGCACUCGUCGAGCGGCAAUUGGAGCGCCAGCUCGGAGUCGGGCCGAACGUCGAUCGGAAGCGAGAUCACGACCAACACGCACCCGAAAUCGAGCGCUUCGAGCUCCUCGCUGAACCACAGCAGUAACCCGGUCAGCUCGAGCGCCCCGCCGAGUUCGAUCGUGAGCCGCCGCCGGUUCUUCAACACGUCCGCAUCGAGCAGCGUCACGAGCGAGGGCACCAUCACGCCGGACUUGCAAACGUUCGAUUACCACGACGAGGGUGGCGAAACGAGCUCCGUGUACUCGUGCGACACCGAAGGGUACUACACGUCGUUCCACGUCGAUUCAGGGCUGAAGACGCUGAAGGAAGAGGAACCGAUCACGCCGCUCCAGUCGACGACGGCCCUGUCCAGCAUCACAUCGUUCUCCAGCUCCGGCAACACGACGGUCGUGUCGCAGGAGAACGAGUACGAUCUGUACGGGAAGGGCUCCACCUCUACGACGACCAGCUCAGCCGGGACUAUCUGCACGGUGCUGGCCGAGGGCGGUGCUAACGCGAGCGGCUCCAGCCUGCCGAAGAUUCCGGAACGUAAGAGCUCUCUGACGAAGCUGAACCGCAGCAACAGUACCGCCAGCAAUGGCACACUGGAGCGGAGCUACUCAAGCAGCACGCUCGGUAGCACCCUGGACAGUACCGGCACCAUCAAGCGCAACGGGGUGCUGAUACAGAAGGAGGUCAUCAAGGCGCUGCGCCAGGACAACAACAACCGACCGGACGUAGCCGACGGGAACACCGUCUCCGGCAAGGGUUCUGCCGAAGCGAAACUUCCGCCGACGGCGGAACCGGAACAGUCCGAGUCGUCCGAUGUGGAGUGCGUGGAACGUACGGAGCGGUUGAAGGUGAAAACGACCAUCAACACCAGCCGCAUACCGUCCAUGUGCAUAAUCACUCCGACGAACAGCGAUGACGAGCAGCAGGGCGGAGGCGCGUGCGGUGGUGGCCCGCCACUGGCGAAGGGCAAAUCGUCCGACAAAGCCAAACGCCCGUCGCUGCCGGAGUCCAGUUCGUUCGAGUUGAAGAAACCGAAGGACUUCUGCAAGGCAUCGUUACUUCCGCUGAACAAUGUGCUCGACCGGAUCAAGGGUGCGCUGCCGCACCUGAAGAAGUCUCCCACUAAGGAAGACUGCACCGUGGCGACGGCGGCUGCGGCGGCGCCACCAAACGAACCCGCUGACGGGGAGUACGUCGAGAUAUCGAAGGGCCGUAAGACACCGAACGAGCUCACGGUAAGACGCAAUCUGGCGACGGUACUUUCCGGGAAUCUGAACGAAGAAACGGAGUACGUGUCGCUCAACGAGCUGCCGUGCAACAUCAAGUGCGAGAGCACCAGCGUGAGCUUCAUGCACCUGGACGACAAGUGCGCGGCCACGGGUAGACGGACACCGAACACCAACACGGCAGCGCAAAAUGGCAGCCUCGGUGGUGGAGGAAGCAACAACGCGACCGCCGUUGACAUUCACACCCCACGCAAUGCCACCCCCGUCGCUGCGCUGAAGGGUGCUGCGCGUGUGAAGCUGGAUGCGAAUGGGAGAGUAAUUUUCUCAUCUGACAGCUUGAAGCGACGGAAGGGGGCGCACACAACGUUCGCACCCGGACCAUGCGUAAAGGACGUCUCGGUACGCGAAGCGCAGGGAAGUGGUAAACAAGGAACAGUCGCUACGCAAAACGCAACACCAACGACGGCCGCGACGUUGAAUGACCCAUCAGCAGCAAGAGACGGCAACCCUCGGCAGCAGCAGCAGCAGCAAGUGCAGGUCGUCCCCGGCAGUUAUCGAAGCCUGAAGAGACCGCUGGUGUCGCCACGGUACGGUACGCCGAGCAAUAGAAUUGUCCCGAUCGGAGGAAUCGCUGGUGGCAGCGCGCUGGUGGAACCACCGAAAAAGACGCUCGUUGCGACGAUUCUUCCCAACAGUGCCAAGCAGCAGCAGCAGCCACCGCAACGAGAAGUCCGCGAACUGUCCGCCAUGCACUCGUUCGCACCCUAUGCUGCACCCGGUGCAAGGACAUCAUCUCCACACCACGGUGCUCCCCAUGACGAUGGUGCUACUACUGCCUUCCCCAAAGGUGCUCACGUAAACGUACAAAACGUUGCGUCCUAUCGAACGGUAAACGCUGGCGGCGCCACUGCCCUCAAGCCGUACCCCGAAGGUGCUCGCUCGUUGGAUCGCUCUAGCCUAAGAAACUGGUACCCGGACAGGGUGACCGUUGAUGGCCGGUGCGCUAUCGUACCACGGCCAAACUAUUCUCGGACCGUUCAAGCUCCGAAGGACCACGAACCCCCGCGGGCUCUGAUGGCCCCGGGUAGCUUUUCUACGCCACGCCAAGCCACGGGUAGUCCGAUCGGCGGGGAUAAUCUGCCACCGGAUCUGCACAGCCUGUACGCGGUUCCCAACAAGCCAAAGCCGUCGCCCCUUGCCGUCGGCCGCAGCAGCCAGUUGGCCAGACCGAUGGACCGUAGUCUGAGAUCGAUUCUGGCCGAGCAGAGCGAACUGUCGCCGAUCAAACCUUGCCAAACGAAUCCCUUCAAAACGUCCACCCCCUCGAAGGAGGACGAGCUGCUGUCGGUUAGCUCGCAGCUGCAGAACAAACUGUUUUCGUCCGCCGUGCGGUCACUAGGCAACAGCCCGGUGCACUCGGGGCGGUCAACACCACGCGAUAUGCUCGAACCGCAGUCGGGCUGCGCCCGCGGACGGCACAGCUGGGCGUCGAACAGCAUCGAGGUGCCGAAGACGUGCUCCGACCGGCUCGGCACACCGAAGACGAGUUUGAUGGACUUCAAGAAGCUGCUCCUUGCGCACGGCACGAAAUUGCAUCCCAGCCCCGGUUCCAAGAUGUCGGCGGUGGAGAUGCUGAAGAAAAGUAAGGAGACGGUUAACGUGCGCCCGAUGGAACGGGAACAAGUGGGAACAACACCGAGGCACAGUGCAGGACCGGGCAGCAUGACCAUACUGGACAUGUCGGCGUCACCGAAGCUGUACAGCUUCCGCCGAGCGGCCCAACACGGCAAUUCGUCGCCAACGAAGAACCUAGGCGGUGGCAAGGUAGGUGGUGGUGGUGGCCCCCGCUCAAACUGGCGAUUCAAUAGCCUGCGGGGCGGUGUCAUUUCCACCGCCAUCCCGGAAGCGAACAGCGAGGAAGAAAUCCUGCCGCCGCUCGAUAGGAACGCCACCGCCGCCAAUGAACCCAGUGUUGCGCCGGACAAGGUGACCUCUGAAGUGGAAGAGGUCGAAGACGUUAGCAUUAGUAGCUUUAAGGAGAACAUCUUCCUGAAGGAGGAUGAAAACAAUUUCAUGAAGGGCGAAGUGCCACGACUGGCCAAAUCCUUCGCUGGCUUCUCCACGGCGGACAGCACGGCCAUCGUGCGAGGUCGGUUGGUGAAGGACCUGAACAGCGCCAAGCUGCUAAUGGCACGGGACCAAGAGGGACGCGAUGCUGAACAGAAGGAAGCCGAUUCACGGGCAAAAGCGGCCGCACUUGAAACGGCCCUCUAAAGGGCAUAGUCACUGGCCACCCUUCCAGUGUGUGUAGCUCUUUUUUCUUUUUUUUUUCCUUAUAUUGUCUCGCUUUUUUAUCUUAACGACAGAUCCGCCCUCAUAGCUUAGUGUAAGCGUGUACUCUUUUACGUGUUUGGACCGAAUCGUAAUUUAUCUUUAUUUAUUCUAAUUUAUUUCGAGUUUUUGUUCAUCUGUUGUUUAGAUGUUUACGAUCAAAAAACGUGAAAACCAUCAUCAUGCUCACCCCUGUCCUGCCAACUCUAGGGACCAUUUACAUUUAAAUCGUCUUUUAAAUUGCUUUACAAUCUUAUGAGUCUUUUUGAAUAAGAAAACUUCCCUCCCUGUCUCUUGACACCAUCUUGGAUUCGUUUCGAUAGUUCGUUCGUUCGUUCGUUCGUUAUCGUUUUCGAUAGGUUCUAAAAGCCAAAUUUAUUUGCUAGAGAAUAAAACAAAAGACGGAUGCUAACGAUUAGUGCUAAACUCAACCCGUGUGUAAAGAAGGGCGCUUUAGAACGAGGAACGUCGAAUAAAAAUUUGCUCAUUAAAGGAACUGAUUUCGCAAUUGACAAUGAUUUCGAAGCUAAGCUAGUUACAACACAAUAAGAGCAGCAAAAAGCAAGUAUUAUCAGGCAAAAGAGGCAUUCAAUACGCUGAUAAAAAAUAAGAAUUUCUCGCUGUAGUUCCAUAUCAAGGCUAUAUAGCAUUUAAGCAACGGUCGUACGCAUUUACAUUUCUUUUUGGGAUAUUUUUUGUUUGUUCUCGUUUUCGCAUUAGCGGUGUGUUGUCGGGAAUACGUGGAGUGUUAAGGAAGAGAGAGAGAAAGGAAGCGAAGAAAUAUUCGGAAUCUUUCCAAAACUAUUGUUGCAUAAUUUAAAGAGAAAUUUAAACGAAGCAAUGGAAA